AUGGCCUCCGCAGAGACUAAGACAGUGAGCUCUCAGUCUUGGCGGUAUUCGAAGACGCUACUCAUUUUUACAGCUACGCUAGGCCUUUUCACAGAGAAUUUCAUCUAUGGAUUUAUUGUCCCGAUAAUGCCAUAUAUGAUCGAGAAGAGGUUAAGGCUCGAUCCGUCAUUCACCCAGCGAUUUACCACAGAGCUGCUUUUCGUCCUUGGUCUCGUCUCUAUGCUUUCGGCACCCGUUAUUGGAUACCUCGCAGACCAGACUACCAGCAGAAAGAUUCCACUCCUUCUAUCCCUCAUUGGCUGCACUGUCGGUACUCUGCUCGUGGCUACAACCCCUUCAGUGUGGGCCAUGUACAUUGGCCGCAUUCUCCAAGGCAUGGCCGGCACAGCAGCAUGGAUUGUUGGUUUUGGAAUGUUGACUGACGCCGCAGGAAAGCAGCACCAGGGCAAAGCUUUGGGGAUUGCUGGCUCUUUUAUCACUGCAGGAAUAAUUACCGGUCCUGCUGUUGCAGGUGCCUUGCUGGAAUGGAUUGGAUAUUGGCCCGCUUGGACCGUGCCAUUGACAUUGCUAGCUAUCGACUUCAUUGCUCGACUGGCCAUGGCAGACCAGCCAGCGGCCUCCAAGACAGCAAAAGCUAAUCCUGCGUCCCACGAGCCAAGCGAUGAUGAACCACUCUUGGCAGACUCGACCAACGACAACGAUGAAUCGAAAGGUGGUGCUUCACAAGGCUUCUACUCAAUCAUGUUUCGCCAGGGAAAGGUCUAUGCGGCGAUCUUCAACGUUAUCGCCUUUUCCACAAUUCUUUCUGGUUUCGAUGCCACCUUACCCGUCCAUCUGAGAGACGCUUUUGGAUGGGGACCGGCACCAAUCGGAUCAAUAUUUCUUGGCUUACAGAUACCUGCAAUGUGCCUUGCACCUUUCGUCGGUUGGCUACGAGACCGCAUAGGUCUCAAAUGGCCUACAACAAUCGGAUGGGCCUUGACAGCGCUGUUGCUCUGGUUCGCCGGAGUACCAGGCGACGCUGACUUUCUUGGAUAUGGUUCCGAUGCUCGAGGUCAAGGCGCUUUUGUGGCCUGCAUUAUCAGCAUCGGUAUAGUGUGGUCAUUUGCCCGCGGCGCUGGCACAUUUCAACUGAACGCUAUUCUGCACGAUCUCCGAGAAACAAAUCCUGACGUUUUCGGUCCUGGUGGAGGCAGCUCUCGCAUGUUUUCGCUCACAGAGGUCUCCUUUUCCAUGGGAUUAAUGUUAGGUCCACUCAUUUGUGGAUCUCUAGCAGACACAGUUGGGUUCUACUAUACCAGCUGCUUUAUGGCUGGAACCUCGGCAUUUGUAGCAGCGACUUCGUUUUUCUUCUUUACACACAAAUCCCGGGUAAUGGACACUCCAAGCCUAGCUACAGACUGA